ACAUCCCGGGGCCGAUCCCGCCUUUGGGGCGGGGAGGCCCCGCCCACAGUCCCCCUCGGGCCGUACCAUCCGCCCGCCCAUGUCCCCCCCGGUGGGUGGCGCGGUGGUGCGGCCCGACAUGGCGGCGGCGCAGGGGCGCUAGGGGCACGCGGCACUAUGCACUUCUCCAUCCCCGAGACCGAGAGCCGCGCCGGGGAGGGCGGCGCCGCCUACGUGGUUCCCACGAGCACCGUGCCGCCGGGGAGCAGCCCAGGGAAAGCGGAGGUGAAGCUGGAACUGGCCUUUGAGUACCUGAUGAGCAAGGACCGGCUGCAGUGGGUCACCAUCACUAGCCCCCAGGCCAUCAUGCUGAGCAUCUGCCUGCAGUCCAUGGUGGAUGAGCUGAUGGUGAAGAAGUCUGGCGGCAGCAUCCGCAAGAUGUUCCGCAGGCGAGCAAACGGGGCCCUGCGGUGCUCAGACAGCCAGCAAGCUGUGAAAUCCCCACCCCUGCUGGACUCGCCCGAUGGCAGCCGGGAGCCCAUGCUCAAACUCUCGAGCAAGCUCACCUCCGUCAGCCUGCGGGGCAUCAGCCACUCCGGCUCCGCCAGCGACCUGGGUGCCAACGACUUCCACGGCAACUACGCCUUCGAGGGGAUCGGCGACGAGGACCUGUAGCCUGCUCUGCCCUCUCAUGCCGCCCGCGGCCAGCGCGGCUCUGGGGAACGUCCCAUGUGCCUCUGCCGGGUUACCAGCCGCCUGCCCCUGCCCCACUUCAACCCCCUCCACCCACCAUUGCCUUGGGGGGGAGCCACCUCCCCACUGCUGCUGCCACCUUCCUGAGGGCGGCCCCUUGCCCAGGCCCAGCCCAUGGAACCCAUUUCAUAGGGGGAACAACGCUCUUGCACACGGGCCCCGUCAGGACGUGGGCUGGUCAGCGCCACGAGGCAGCUGCCCCACCCCUGCAGGAGGGCUCCGUGGCCUGGGGCCAGGACUGGCCUGUAGCUUGCACUUAGAGCCAGUCCGAGGGCUGGCUGCCAUGGGAGGUGGAGGCCUGGGGCUGUUCCCAUGGCGACAGACACCUCCUGGCCUCCAUACAUGCCAAAUUAGCAGCUAGGUCUUUGCACAAAGAACAAUGGACGACGUUCAGCACAGGCUGGUGCGCUGCCUGCCGCCGCUAACCCGCUCAUAGACGCCAGCAUAAUCGCCGAGGCUUGUAACCUGUAGCGCUCUGCUGUGUACAGAGGGACUGGAGCAUGAAUGGACAUUAACCAAUGUUUACACACUGCAGUGAUUAAAGCGGAUCAUGAUUGGUAA